CUUGAAGCUCCCUAACUACCUAUUACAUCCAUAUUAUACACAUCCCCAACUACACCUCUUCACACGGCCCGCGUCAUACUUGAUCAUGUCUUCCACGUCCACAUCCGCCGACACCACACCAAUCGCCCCCGCACGGUUCGCCGCUGCCCUCAAGGACCUCUCGGUGGGCAUGUUACACCUCAAAGUUCUUGAAAUCCGCAAUUCGAUCGCCCAUCUACAGUACUCCAACGACCAGCUCAAGCCAUUCGCAGAGGGCACAGAGAUCACACCGUCCGGUGAAGCCUCAGGGCCCGACCAGGAGUGCAUCGAUGCUAUUCGCGAGAACGAACAAGUCAUUGAUCGCAUGGCUGAGCGCAUAGCUCUGAUCCGUGCAGAGGUGGAAGAGCGCGGACUAGGCUGGACGGAAUUCCAGAACCGGGAUGAGUCAACUAGCAAGAACGAUGAAGACGCGGCUGCUGUCAAUGGAGAUACUCAAGCUAGUACCGCGGCAUCUGACAGCGAGAAUCGACACAAUGCAUGGAACGAUGGGACUUUUCAGACGGGGACAAUUCGAAACGGCGAGGUGCAGGUGGAUCGUCAGGCCGGUCGGCCAGAGGGUGGAAGUCUGAGCGACGAGCAGCUUCGCAGGGCACUAGAGGAACGAAUGCGAGACCUAGGUACAGACGACAAUGAAGGAGGCAUGCACCUCUGAGAUUGGGAGGCGAAAGAAACAUGAGGGGAAAACUACAGCACGGCCGGCGUUUGUGAGAUGGAAGGAAAUGACAGCAUGAUACCCGAUACCUACAAGGCCGAUAUGCAUAAUCGUUCAAUCAUAGGGAAUAGUCAAAAUCGGUUCGGCCUUCACUAGGUCGCAGUUCACAGACAAGGAAGUAGGGUCUUUUUUUUUAAAAAAACACAAUUUUGCUAUUUUUCGAUCUCAGCUGGUGUUUUGCUGAGGACUUCUGCUUUUAAGGCUGCGUAGUGAAGCCGCAGUGUUAUUUAUACGUCAUUCGACAGUUUCAAAGCACGUCUCGCCGCCGGCC